AUGUUGUCACUGCUGCUUCUCAGCAUAGUGAUGGUAGCUUCGGUCUGGCUCUGCCGCCGGAUCUGGUACGAACGGUUCCACCGAUACCGUCAAUUCCCCCAACUGCCCACAUCUCUGCUCUGGGGUCACCUGAAGAUCUACCAUGAGAUCGCCCAGUGGGGGUUCCAGGACGGUGAUCACGACCACAUCUUCGCGCAGAUCCAUGAAACCCUCGGCCGACCCCCGGUGUUUCUGUUCGAUUACCGCCCGAUCUGCCGGCCGGUGCUGGUGAUCGCGAGCCACGAGGUGGCGGAGCAGAUCUCGCGGCCCAGCCAGCAGUUCCGCUUCAGCGUGCCGAAACUGGGGCUGGGCUUUCUCGAGCCCGUCAUCGGCCACACCUCCAUUCUCGCCGCCGAGGGCGAGGAGUGGAAGGCGCUGCGCAGGACCUUCAGCCCCUGGUUCUCCCCGCAGAACCUGCAGGCCCUGGUGCCCACCGUCGUGGCGCAGACGCGGGGGUUCGUCGCGCAGCUCGACGCCCUCGCCGGCUCCGGGGACCCCAUCCCCCUCGUCACCCUCACCACGAACCUGAUGUACGACAUCAUCGGCGCCGCCCUCCUCGACGAGGACCUGGACGCCCAGCACCUGGACCCGCGCCGCCAGAGCCCGCUGGUGCGCGCCUUCAACCACCUCAUCCACGCCUACUGGGACGACCAGAUCCACCUCCCCUGGUUCUUCAACCCGGUCAACGCCCUGCGGCGCCGCCGCCGCGGGGCCCGCGUCCAGCGCCUCCUGCAAUCCCUCGUCCGGCGCAAGCACGCCGAGCUGCAGGCUCAGACGCAGCAGACGCAGCAGGACAAACCACCCGCGCCACGCAGCAUCACCGCUCUAGCCCUCCACCCCACCAUGCAAGACCCCCUGACGCCCGCCCUCCUCACCCAAACCAGCGACCAGCUGCGCACCUUCCUGCUGGGCGGGCACGACUCCCCCAGCGCGACCCUCGCCUGGGCGCUGUACGAGCUCUCGCGCACCCCGCGGGCCCAAGCCGCGCUGCACGCCGAGCUCGACACGCUCUUCGGCGAGGACACCCGCGCCGACCCCACAGCCGUGCAGGCCGCGCUCGCCUCGCCGACAACGGGCCCCUCCCUCCUCCGCCGCAUGGUCUACCUCGACGCCGUCCUCAAGGAGACCCUGCGCCUGCACCCGCCGGCCUCGACGGCGCGGUACGCGCCGGGUGAGGGGGGGCGGGGGGGGAGGGGGGAGGGGCUCACCGUGCGCCUGCCCGCGGGCGCCUCCUCCACGAACCCAACCCCCCCGGAGUCAAAGACCCUCGGCAUCGACGACCUGAUCCUCUACAACUGCCCCGCCAUCAUCCACCGCGACCCCGCCGUUUUCGGGCCCGACGCCCACGUCUUCCGGCCUGAGCGGUGGUUGGGAGACCAUGACCACGACCACGGAAACAACAACAACAACAGCACCACCACCACCAACGCAAUCCCCCCCAGCGCGUGGCGGCCGUACGAGCGCGGGCCCCGCGCCUGCAUCGGGCAGGAGUUCGCGCGGCUGGUGAUGCGCGUGGCGCUGGCGGUGGUGGGGCGGCGGUAUGCGUUCAGCAAGGUCGGGCUGGGGGCGGUGGUGCGCGAGGCGGCGACGGGGCGGCCCGUUUUGCGGCCGGAUGGGCAGGCGGAGGUGGAGGGGGUGGUGUAUACGACGCGGCAGAUCACGGCGAGGCCGGUGGAUGGGUUGAUGAUGACGGUUCGGGAGAUGGGGUGGUGA